AUGGCAGGGGUGCAGCCAGCGGGCAAACAGGGCCCGAGCCUGUCGCCUGACAAGCUCAGGCAGGUCAUCGCACGGAUACAGCAGCUCAAGGGCGAGGGCCUCACCGUCGAGACCUCGACAGAGCUCGCCAACCUCACCAAGAUCAUCCUCGCCCUCUCGCAGCGCCAGCGCGCUCAAACCAACGGCGUCUUGACGAACGGCAUCACUACCCCUUCCGCCUCGACACCAGCCGCAGACGCCCCCGCUACCUCAGCAGCGACAGAUGCUCCCGUUCCUCCAGUCUCUCCCUCUACCGUCCCUUUCACCCCCGAACAAGUCGCCGCGCUCCGAUGCCAAGUCGUCGCCUUUCGCCUCCUCGCGCGCAACCAGCCCAUCCCUCCAGCACUUCAGGCCGCCCUCGCUCAGCCUUCGAAGGCACUCGAGUACGCGGAGAAGCUGGAAGACGGAGCGGACAAGAUGACGGGCGACGAGCUGAACCCGGAGUCGCUCGCGGCCGAGAGGGAGAAGGCGUUGGCGGCGGAAGCUCCAGUCGAGGAGGUCGAAGACCCGGACUCGCUCGUCUAUCCCUACAACGCAUUCCUUACGCCACAGGAAAUCCUCCGCUCCUUCCAUGGCGUCUCCGGCCGCCGAACCCUCCUCAUCCCGAAUCUCCUUCCCGCCGGCCUCGACCCGCAGUCUGUCAUCGACGAGCGCAACCGCUUCAUCGCCGCCCGCGUCCAGCAGCGCCGCACCGAACUCGAGCGACUGCCGUCGAACCUCUCGCAGAGCGACCUCUCGCAACUUGGCCUUGCCAGCGACAAUGGCGAGUCGCUUGCCUCGCAGAAGAUCCGCGCGCUCAUCGAGCUCAAGUCGCUCAACCUGCUCGAGCGCCAGCGGGCUCUGCGCGAGCAGGUCGUCCAGGGCAUCAAGCCGGCGUGCUCGCUUGCGCUCCCGCUCGACAGGUCUCUGUUCCGACGCGCACGCAAGCCGACGCUGCGGGACGCGACGGCAAUCGAGGGCAUCGAGCGGCGGCAGAAGCAGGAGCGAGAGCGGCGCGCGAAGCAGAAGCACCUCGACCAUCUCGCCGAGAUCACCGAGCACGGCCGGAACCUCGUUGCGGCCCACCGUGGCCACGACGGCAAGUUCCAGAAGCUCGGCAAAGCGUUGCUCAAGUUCCACGUCGACGCCGAGCGCGAGGAGCAGAAGCGUGUCGAGAAGGUCUCGAAGGAGCGUCUCAAGGCGCUCAGGGCGGACGACGAGGAGGGUUACCUCAAGCUCAUCGACACGGCCAAGGACACCCGUAUCACUCACUUGCUCCGCCAGACCGACUCCUUCCUCGACUCGCUUGCGGCCGCCGUGUCGGCGCAGCAGAGCGAGGCGCGCGCAGAGGUCGAGGACGCAGGCGGAGACGCCGUUCCGCAACAAACCGGAGGCGAGGACGAGCGCGUGGACGAGAGCCGCUUCGGCGCGUCUGCCGUCUUCCAGGACGAUGUCGCGAAGGAGAAGGUCGACUACUACAACGUUGCCCACCGCGUCAAGGAGACCAUCACGAAACAGCCGUCGAUCCUGAUCGGUGGCGAGCUCAAGCCGUACCAGAUCAAGGGCCUCGAGUGGAUGGUGUCGCUGUACAACAACCACGUCAACGGCAUCCUCGCCGACGAGAUGGGCCUCGGCAAGACGAUCCAGACGCUGUCGCUCAUCACGUACCUCAUCGAGACCAAGAAGCAGCCCGGCCCUUACCUCGUCAUCGUCCCGCUCUCGACCAUGCCGAACUGGAUCUCCGAGUUCGAGAAAUGGGCGCCGUCCGUCAAGGUCGUCUCGUACAAGGGCACGCCAAUACAGCGCAAGCAGGCACAGCAGGAGAUCCGUACUGGCAACUUCCAGGUGCUCCUGACGACGUACGAGUACAUCAUCAAGGACCGGCCGCUCCUCGCCAAGACCAAAUGGCUCCACAUGAUCAUCGACGAGGGCCACCGCAUGAAGAACACGCAGUCGAAGCUCUCGCUCACCCUCACGCAGUACUACUCGUCGCGCUACCGCCUCAUCUUGACCGGCACGCCGCUCCAGAACAACCUCCCGGAGCUGUGGGCGCUGCUCAAUUUCGUCCUGCCCAAGAUUUUCGGCUCGGUCAAGUCGUUCGACGAAUGGUUCAAUGCGCCAUUCGCCAACACCGGCGGCCAGGACAAGAUCGAGCUGAACGAAGAAGAGUCGCUCCUCGUCAUUCGCCGUCUUCACAAGGUUCUCCGGCCGUUCCUUCUUCGCCGUCUCAAGAAGGACGUCGAGUCCGACCUGCCCGACAAAGUCGAGCGCGUCAUCAAGUGCAAGAUGAGCUCGCUUCAGCUGAAGCUCACGAAGCAGAUCAAGGAGCACGGGAUGAUCUUUACCGAGGGUCCGGGCGAGAACAAGAAGCAGUCGGGCAUUCGCGGAUUGCAGAACCAGAUCAUGCAGCUCCGCAAGAUCUGUAACCACCCCUUCGUCUUCGAGGGCGUCGAGCGCACAAUCAACCCGACUGGCCUAAACGAUGCGACGCUCUACCGCGUCGCCGGCAAGUUCGAGCUGCUCGACCGCAUCCUCCCGAAGCUGUUCGCGACCGGUCACCGCGUCCUGAUGUUCUUCCAGAUGACGACCGUCAUGACCGUCUUCGAGGACUACCUCAACUUCCGCCGCAUCGAGCACCUCCGUCUCGACGGUAUGACGAAGCACGAGGACCGCGCGACCCUCCUCAAGCUCUUCAACGACCCGAAUUCGAAGUAUCCGAUCUUCAUCCUGUCGACCCGCGCCGGAGGUCUCGGACUCAACCUGCAGACGGCCGACACCGUCAUCAUCUUCGACUCGGACUGGAACCCGCAUCAGGACUUGCAGGCGCAAGACCGCGCACACCGUAUCGGUCAGAAGAAGGAGGUCCGCAUCCUUCGUCUCGUCACGGAGCGCUCGGUCGAAGAGCACGUCAUGGCGGGAGCGGCGCGCAAGAUCGAGAUGGACAAGAAGAUUAUCCAGGCCGGUCGCUACGACAACAAGUCGACGGCGGAGGAGCGCGACGCUUUCCUGCGCGCGUUGCUCGAGGCAGACGACGGCGAACCCGAGGAGGACGACGAUGCGGACGAGGCGGACAUGCUGAACGAGGCGAUUGCGCGAACCGAGGAGGAGCGUGCCAUCUUCGCUCAGAUGGACCGCGACAGGCGUGCUGCGGAGGAGGCGGCAUGGGCGGCAGCGGGCAACACGGGCAAGCUGCCCGAGCGCCUCAUCCAAGAGUGGGAGCUGCCGGAGGUCUAUCGGAUGGACCACCCGAAGGCGGUCGUCGAGAGCGACGUCCGACCUGACGGCUCGAGGAGGAACCGCACCCAGGUUACGUACGACGAUGGCAUGUCUGAGGAGCAGUGGUUGCAGGCGCUCGAGGAUGAGGAUGACGACUCGUCGAAGAAGCGCGGCAAGCGACGAGCUGCCCAGGGCACGCCCAAGUACAGCUUCGGCGAGGAUGGCGGUGCCAGCGAGUCGGACGGCGACGAACCGAGGAACCGCCUCAAGCGUGGCAGGGUCAGCGGGACGGGCACGCCAUCCAUCAAUGGCGACGAGGGAGGCUCGCGGGCAGGCGGCGGAAAGAGGCGCAAGGUGCUCUCGCCUUACCAGGAGAAGCUCCGCCAGUGCUUCGAGGAGCUCCUGACCGAGGUGGAGAACCUGGACAACCCGACAAUGGGCCACCAAUGUGCAGGCCUCUUCAACGAGUUGCCGCCGAAGCGCGACUACCCCGACUACUACCUGAUCAUCACGCAGCCGAUUAGUCUGAAGGAGAUCAAGAAAAAGGUCAACAACGGCACUUACCCCGAUACCGACGCCUUCGCUCGUGACAUCCACCUGAUGCUCAACAACGCGAUGACCUACAACGAGGAGGGCAGCAUCGUCUACGAAGAUGCACGUCUGCUGCGCGAGACGUUCAACGGCGCCUACGCCAAGCUCACCUUCAACGGCCAGCCCCUCGACCCUCUUCCCGUCCUUGAACGCCCUACCGCAUGA